ACAAACCCCUGCUAUCUGCGCACCUCGACGUUUAUCUCCUAGCACAUAUUUCAAGACGCUCCCUUAGCGAAGUACGUACCCGACAGCUGCAUCUUCAGACUCUCAUCUGCCUUAUCGAUCAAAACCGUCGAUUAAAUCUUAGUUAUUCAGAUGUUUCUCCCUCUGCAGGGGUAAAAAAUAAAGUUUAAAAAGCCAAAGAAGCUACAAGCCCAUCUUUUUCGUUUCUUGUAGGCCCCUAAAAACUGUAAGAGGAAGUGACGCAACCUACGCGACCGAACACCGGAAAAGAAUUUUGUUGUCCAUUAUUAAACAUAAAACUGAAAGUUAAAAAUGUAAGUAUCUAUUAAUAAAACGCUCUAUACGGCAUUUUUAACCUUAAUACAAAUAAUGUGCACUUUGCGGGAGUUUGACUCACAAAUCUGUUUGUAUAUUAUGAUUCCGCGUUAAUAAUCAAACUCCGGGUAAGACUUAAUCGACCAACUAGAAUCGGCGUCUGUUUGCGGUUCACACAUGUCAAGCUAAUCUGCCAGUUAGCACUGUUACACUCCCCGUUGGGCGGAUUAGGAUUAUUUUGACCAACUCUUAAUUUUUUAUAAUCAAGUAAAAUCAUUUAGGUCCACACCUAAAAUUCUGCACUAUUCCAACCAAGGUGGGGGGUGAGUUUUCCCUGUUUUCUUGCAGGAAGAUAAGCUAAGUCAUGUUAGCCUCGGUAACUUCACGCCAACUUUAACAUUCAGACUGCUUUGUUGUCUCAUAGCUCUAUAUAUUGUGCAUUUAGCUAUUAAAAACUUAACCCUAUAUAUUGUUAAACCAGCUGUUUAACAGCACAGUUGGUUCGUUUUUGCCCGGAAACGAGCAUUUAGCUUUACCUAGCUUUCUACUGCUAUGAAUCCCAUUAUAAUGUAAUACAACCUACUAUAACAGCUUUAUUGUGAAAUUUUUUACUUUAAUGAAGCUUUUAGUUUUUCCGUUUCGUUAGACAGGUCUUAAAAUUGGUUGUUGGAGCUGUGGUGGAAGAUUGUUUGGUACUCGAUUGUACUAUAUCGAAAGUGUACCUAAUAUUCUGCCCUCUUUAGUUGUUUUCUAAUAAGAAAGGACAAAAUAAUAGGAACACGUUUUAUUUCACCACAACUCUCUACAUUUAAACAGAUAAAUUUAAAGUACAAUUGUCACUUUUCUGAUCAGGUAAACAAAAACCUGCAGAUGUAGAAGCUUUGUAGCCCUUUAAUGCCUGAAAUCACAAAUUAUGACCAGAAAAUUCAAUUUAUUUGGAGCUGAAGUGUUUAUUUUAUUUACUAUUGAAAACCAAAAAAUCAAAAUGUCCUUAAAACUUAACAAAUAUUUAUCUUGUUUGAUACAUUAGAUGUUCUCGGAAACUAUUAAACUGAAAGAGGACAUUUUUAUCAUUUAAGUGUUUUUUUUUUAGUCAUUUGUUGAUCAAAUUGAUUUGAUAGAAGUAAAGUAUCAAAUAUGAUACAAAAGGUAUUAAAUGGUUAAAAGUAGAAUUUAUAAUUGAUAAUCUACUCAGAUUUAAAAAGAAUAGGCAUUGUUUUCAUAUCCCAGCUGAAUAAAAUAGCUUUAUGACAAUGUUACAAGAAAUUAGUGGCUGAUGAUUUGUUGUAGGGCUGGGCGAUAUGGGAAAAGUUUAUCAUGAUAUAUAUAUAUAUUUUUUUCAUAUCAGUCGAUAUUGAUAAAUAUCACAAACUAUUGAAAAGCAUAUUGGCCAUGUUUUAUAUUGAUAUUGAGGGAAAUUAAUUCUCCAUAUAUAUCGUUAUCGUAUUAUUGCCCAGCGCUAAUUUGUCGUCAUUCUUCUACAGAGGUACAUGUCUUUUUUCCUGUCUCUCUCUCUCUCUCUCCUUCUGCAGGUUCCCCCCUUGUUCACCUCCAUCACAUACAUGAUUAAUUCUUGAUACUCGAACCAUGAAGGUGAACAAAACCGCACAGGCCAAAAGCCAGGCCAGAUCCCAGAAGUGGAAGGAUGUACGAGGCAAACGCAGCAGGCCUCCCAUUAACUCCUCAGACCUCAACUCCAGUCCUGUCAUGGCCAGGGUGAUCCAGGAGCACCAGGCGACUGUGAAAAAGAAACCAUCUGUGAAGAGACUGAAGAAUAAGGCGAAGUCUGUGUCCGCCCCCAAGAAAAAAAACAUUCCUCAGUCUGGGUCGAAGAAGUCCCACACUCAGUCUAACGGCAGCUCCAUGUUAACGGUGGACAAUGACUCAGAGGACUCCCAGGACUGGAAAGAGUAUUCCAAGUCCUUUAACAGGAACGGUAUCGAGAGGUCGUGCAUUGUGGGAGAUACUAGACCAGGUAGACUAGAGGGAGAGGCUCUUCAUUACUGUGCGGAGAGAGACGAUCGGAAGAACCACGCUGUGCUGGUCAUGCAGGAGAAUCAGGUAUGCAUCACAUUUAAGCCUCACAUGCCUAUGCUUUUAUUUUGAAACACUCCACAUCUGAUAGAUCUUAAGUAUUAUAGAUUUUUUUAUUCAUGUUUCGUCUGUUCCUGACGUCUGAAUGUAACAUAACUCUCCCGCAGACCCUGUGUUUCCGCGGAAAGUGCUUUUUGACGAGUCUGUACGGCCGGGUGGAGGUGAUGGGGUUCACCAUUGAAGAAGGCCAGCAGUCGUAUCCACUCUUCUCUCCGGCUUCACAUUGUCCACUCACCAUUAGAGCGCUAGAGAGUCCCCCUGACACCAGAGGGGACAGGACGGACGCUUCAGUCAUGCUGAGGAAGUAUCUGUCAUCAGGUAAACACACGCAGAGCUAACUCCUGGAUGUGUUUGUGUAUUUUUCUGCUUUUUCACCUCUCUGAAUGUGUUUUUUUUUCAGUGUCCUGUAAGAAGCUGUUAAAAAGAGUAAAGCCGAGCUCAUCCAUCAUUCUCCUGGAGCCCAUGGAGACGCCGCUCACCCGCUUUCUAUCGAGUUUUACCGAUCUUAGUGAAUUAUUCAGCCCUCCGAUGGUAAGUUAACAGAGCUACUCUCCAUUUAACCCUCAUCACAUUUGUAGAAAUCAUCAUACAUUUAUUAAAAGAGGAACUUGAAUCAUCUGGUUUCUUUGUAGAGUGAACUCAUAUCAGCUGUUCUUGACACGCCACUCAACGGUUUGGGGAUGAUCCCUCUGGUCAGCGCCAUCGAAGGUUUUAAAAUGUCAGAGAGCUACAGAGACGCUCUCAACACGCUGGUGAACGCCUGCACAGGUGAGCAGAAAAUGACACAACCUCAUAAUGACUCAUAAUCUAUUUACUGAAACCAUCAAAUCAAAAGUGAAAAAAGCCAGUUUUUAAAUCUCCUGUGAGGAAAUUUCUGUUUGUUGGUUUUAGACAAACCUCUUUCACCUGGACGUGUGUGAGCGUAUUAUUUCUGAUGAAACCUCACCUUCGUCAGUCGUAACAUGAGUCAUGAAUAUUUCCCGUGGGUUUUCUUGAACGUGUUGUAAAUCGCCUCGUCUGACUGAAUUUUGCUUCCUAAGAAAAAUGACACAUUUUUGUUUCAGGGGACUUUGACGGCUGUGCGGUCAUCCUCGUAUGUGGGACCAAGAAUGUGGGAAAAUCGACAUUUAUCCGCUUCCUCAUCAACACCUUACUAAAUCAGUAAGCUCUCAUCUGUAUAUUUUACAUGAACUCUUUGAUAGUCAGGAUUAGGGCCACUGGGGGAAAAAUGUCCAAUAUAUAUCUGUUUAUUAUUUUGAGAAAUAAGUCAGAUUUCCCAGAAGAAAAAAAAAGAUUUCUAAAUUCUGACUUUUUCCUCAUAAUUCUGACUUUAAUCUCAAAAUUCUGACUUCAGAGAUUAAAGUGAAAAUUCUGACAAAAAAAAUCAUAAUUCAGAAAUCUUAUUUUAAUCUCAGAAAAAUAUUAAUAAUAAUAAAAAUAUAUUUAUUUAUUAUUUUUAGAAAAAAGUCAGAUUUCCCAAAAAAAGAAAAAAGUAAUUCUGGAUUCUGACUUUUUUUCUCAAAAUAAUAAUAAUAAAAAUAUAUAUGUAUUGUACCUUUAUUUACUUUUUUUUCCAGUGGCCCUAAUCCUCUUCCAUUAUUUCCCAGAUUCUUAUAAGUAAUGUUUGUUACACUCAGCUACCUUAUAAUACAUUUCAUCUUCACACAUAACAUAAAAACAGAGGGUUAUUAAUUUCAUUUUUACAUAGUUAAGUAGAACAUAUAAGACACCUAAUAUGCACAUGUGUGUGUUUUUGUGUGUGUAGUACUACCAGUGUAGAUUAUUUGGAAGGAGACCUCGGUCAAACGGAGUUCACACCGGCUGGCUGCCUGUCCCUGUCCACCAUCAGAGAACCACUUCUGGGUUUGUUUUUAUCCUCUUAUUGGUCAAUAUUAACUCUUUAAUGUCCUGUUGGUUAAAACCUCCCAUAGGAGCUUUAAUCUAGGCCUGCUUACAUUGAUUUUUAAUGGUGCUGGUUGUGUGUUGCAAUAAUGAAUGACCCUGGAUUCAUGAAAAUGCUGUUGGAAACACAACAAGCUCACAGAAUCCUUUCAGCUGGUAUCAAUCAGUGUGUUUAGUGUUAAAGGAAUAGUUCAACAUUUUAAGAAAUCGCUUCCAUACCAAGAAACGCGUCUUUCUUUGCUUAUUUUGCCAAACAAAAUGUAUAAAAUCAUGAAGUUUUUUGAACUUGCAUUAAAAUAGAAAUAUAAAGUGAUUUUGGAGCCAUGUGUCAGACUGUUUGGACACUGAAUUCCAGUGUUAUCUAUCUGUUUGUGUGAAUGAGUCGACUGCUCUUUUCCAGGUCCUCCUUUCACACAUCAGAACUCACCAGAACACAUGAUCUACUAUGGUCAAACGUCAUGUGAGUCAGACUUAGACCGCUUCCUGGAAUCCAUGAAGUCCCUCUGGCAUAGACGCUCCCCGAGCAGAGAGACCCCUGUCAUUAUCAACACCAUGGGCUGGGUCAAAGGUCAGCUCUCUGUAACAUCAGUGACGUAAUGUGGAGGGCAGUAGAAGCAGUUGUGAAAAUGCUUUAAAUUUGGAUCUGCUUUUGCGGUCUGCAGGGUUCGGAUUUCAGCUCCUGGUGGACUUGAUCCGCUUCUUUCCCGUCUCGCAUGUGGUCCAGCUGAGUCACGGCGGCACCACUCAGUGUCCCCUCCUCACUCCAGACUUCCUGAAGACGGCGCACGGCUGUCAGACGCACCCGCCCGCUCCGACCGCCCUGGAUGAGUUUACAGACAUCCACACUCCCCCCAGAAGCUACACCCACCUGAACGUACAAUCAGAGUUUCAAGGGGUGGGGCGCCAAGGGACCGCGUGAGUGCGCCUCCGUCCGCCUGUGUCAUCAUUCGUGUCGACAAGCUUUAAUUUUUACACCUGCCUUUGUUGCAUUUCACAGGAAGCACCAGCGCACGAAUGAGCACAGAGAGCUGUCAUUGCUCGCCUAUCUGAGUCAGCUGCAGUCUGCUGAUCCUGGACCAGUUCGACCUCUACACAGCCUCACCCCCUACCAGGUAGAUGAUGCUGCAGCUGUGUCAAUGUUAGAGCAUCUGUUUGUUUAAGGGGUCAAAGUUUGCAAGGUCAGCUCCUUAACCUUUCUAUUCCAGGUGCCUCACACGGCGUUGGCUUUGGGCGCCAUCCACUGUGAGAUUUCGCCCAGUCACAUGUUGUAUGCCGCCAACGCCAGUCUGGUCGGGCUCUGCUGCCUGGGAGAGAAAGUGACGAGCAGAGGAGGACCGGUCAUGCUUUCUCAGGCGCCAAUCUGCCCGUGUGUGGGUUUCGGUGAGUUUCCUGUCCCACCAUUGAAUGAAUAAUUAAAUAAACACACCGAACAGUUAUAACGUUAUAGAUAGAGAUGGGAAUUGAUAAGAUUUUAUUGAUAUCGAUUCAAUUCUUUAACGAUUCUCUUAUCAAUGCCUUUCUUUGAUAUAUAAAAAGAAGUAGACUAUAGAUUUUCACCGUUAACUCAAAAUUUUAUUGGGUCUCUGAUAACAGGAAAAGAUGUUUGCCACCUUCAGUGAGAGUCUAAAAUGAUCAAACAAUAAUGCUUUUUGUACAGCAUUUCUAGAAUGCAUAGUCCAAAUGUUAACACAGGACAUAUGACACUACUGUGUAGGGUGGACUUGUGUGGAAAAUUUUGAGGGUUUUUGUGUCGGGUCGAGUGUUUUUUAUGUGCUUCUAACUCAGUUAAACGCAUAUUUUGGAUUCCCAAAGACAGUGCAUACGUGCGUUGCGUCAGAGGGGCAGAGCUGCAGAGAGCACUGAUGCUCUGCACUGUUUUAUAAUGAAUAAAUACACGUUCUGGACAUUUGAAGGAUUUUAUAAACUCCCUCGAACAGCCCCCCAAAAGAGGACAUGUCCGGAUAAAAUAGGACGUAUGGUCACCCUAACAUCGGUACCUUCCAUGCCGUGCUGAGACCGAGCUCCGGCGGAGAUUACGAAUACAUGUGACUCCUUCUAUUUGAUGCCGUGCCCCGUUGAUGAAGUUUAAGCAUGUUGCUGGUGUUUCCACGUUUGCAUGUUAUCACUGCUCGAUAAACGUUGCUCUGUUGUCGUCUUUCUUACUAAAAUGAAAUCACACUUUAGCUCGAUUCUACCCAUUUUUGGUACCGUCUGCCAUGUUUUUUUUCUCUGUCUUUGUUCUCGUUUGACUGGCUCUUGCAAGACCGUUUUUCAAGGCACCCAGAAAAAAGGAAUCGUUAAGAUAAAAUGUAAAUGAUGUCGUUGGAUUGAACCAAUUUGAACCGGUUCUCAACAAGAACCGGUUCUUGAUUCCCAUCCCUAAUUCUAACCACUGACAGGUUGAGUGAUUAUCCCUCUGUGAUUUGGUUAUUCGUUUUUCCCGUGUGACCCAGGUGUGCUUCGAGGUAUCGACAUGGAGCGAGGUCUGUACUUCCUGCUGACGCCUGUUGACCCCUCGGUCCUUUGUAAGGUCAACUGUCUCCUCCUGGGGGCGAUAUCGCUCCCUUCCUGCAUCCUCACAACACAGGUCAGGAGGCGGAUUUGUUCUUCCACACAGAAUUUCAUCAAAACACGAAUAAACAUAAAAACAAACUUCCCCUCUUGUUUCUGUUCCAGCCCGGCUCUGAAGGCGAGACGCCCUACGUCACCACGGAUUACAGUUUCGAUCUGACCGGAGCAGGAAAGCUGCGAGUCUUCAAGGGACUGAUGAGACCCAGUCAGAUGGGGGUGUAAUUAGCACUGGUUAGUCGCCCCUUACCCAUCUUCACUGGCGUCUCGUGCCAUAACCAGUCCCUGCAGAACUGGGAUUGAGCCAGACAGUUUUUUAUUCCCCAUAUUAGACCUACAGCGAGUAUCACAGACUCUUCAGGAGGACUUUUGUGUUUCUGAACUUGCUCAUCACGUCUUACAAACCUCUGUAGAUCUGACAGCGCCCUGAAGGACUCUCUGUUUUCAGUCACAUGACUCACUUUGAAGUUAAAACCUUUUAUUUCACGUGUUUUCUCCUGCAAAAACAACAAAAAAAACUUUCACAGACUUUGACUUCGGUGCUUUUCUUCAGUGUAGAUAUUUGUUCAAGUUUCCCGGUCAUACAUCCAUGAGGAUUUCAACCAGUCAGUCACCAUUGAAAAAUGUCAGUACAGUGUUAACGGUGUAGUCUCUGAGUAAGAAGGUGUUUUGUCCUGCUGUGACAGUUGUAUUUUUGGAUAAAAUGCUUCCUGCCAAGAUGUUUGAAGUCUUUAUACUUAAUUCAUCCAAGAAUCAAACGAGGAAAGUUGUGAAUUAAGAAAAAUAAGAGCACUUAUUGACAGUAUUUUACUUCUACGUCAUUUAAAGGUGGGGUAGUCAGGAUCUGAGGAAGUUCCAGUUUUUAGGAGAAAUCUUGACUGUAAACUCUACCCUUCCCAACCAGUUUUCCCCUCAGCUCCUCCUCUCCUCUCAAGCCCCGCCCACAAACAGACGCUCCUGCUCGCUCGUAUCGUUCCAAUUGAAUUCAGAUAUAAUGCAGAUAAAUACUUCAGAUCAUUGCAAAUGGGGCCCAGUCAAGGUGAAAGUCAAAAGCAUCGGUGCUACUGUAGAUGCCAACAGACUACCAGCAAACACAAUGUUUGCAGGACUUCUACAACUAGGAUAAAGUGACAUAGUCCAGGACCCGAGAUCAACAGUUUAGCGAUGGCGCUACAACACGCUACAGCAGGUCUGUUUGAUAAGAAACACUUCUGUUACAGACACUUGUCUUACUUUGUUAAAGCGGUUUACCUGUCCAGCAGAAAGGUUACAGGGUCGAGAAGAGUCCCCCAUCAACCCGGCUUCUUAGCUCUUGUCCGGUCUACCUCCGUUUUAAGCACCCGUUAUUCCGCCAGAGUCUCAAGUAUUUACUUUGUUUUCUUGCUUGUGUUUUCCAUACUUUCUGGUUGGUUUCUACUGUCCAAUAUUGCAGCACGCUAACUUUGUUUGGGCUCGUGAACAUUUUCAGAAGAUGUGGAGCGUGCCUUACAACACGAAGGAGCAGCGUCUACCUUCCAACCAAUCAGGUCGAGGAGACAGAAAAUAGCUUUGUUUACAGUCAGAAAGAGCGGGCCGCUCAAAAAUUUUAAAAUGUCGACUACACAGAGAUAACAAAACACAGCGAUAUCGUUAUAGUACCAAAUGUCAUCAAUAACUACCGUAUUUUUCGCACUAUAAGGCGCACUAAAAAUCAUUUUGGCUUGUUGGAGCACUGCAGCUUCCGUAGCCUCGCAGAGUUAUUGAAUGAGUUAAAUAAAUAAUGCACUUUAUAAUCCGGUGUGCCUUAUUGUGCGAAAAAUAUCGUAAUAGCUAUUGACUGAUAUUAAAAGCUUUUUUGUCUAUACACCACAAAAUAAGACACUUCUUUAACGGAUUCCUGCGUACCCCACCUUGAAUUUAACAUUCCUGCACUUUUGGGUCAGUUUUAGACCUCUAGGGGGCAGCAGAUGUAGGCUAAGAGUUUUAUUAGAGCAGCAGCAGAUCUUCAUGUCCUCCAGGGAAGAGGAAAAAAUGUAUUUAAAGUUUUCACACACCAUGUUUUAGCUUUAGAGGAAAAAGAAGAAACAACUCAAUCCAUGUGAAGACUUCUGCCUGGGGUUUACAUUAUCUUAAGUGGAGGAGCUGGAGGAACAGCAGGUCAUAAACAUCCACUCCAGUGAAGAAUUGCUAAUUUGUUAAGUGGGCUGUUUGAACAUCCCCUCUCUGCCCCCUGCCUGUCUUUGUCCGCUCCCCCGCCUCUUUAUUGAGGGUGGGAGCACACAAACACAACACGGCUACAUUUUGGCAGAGUCAUUGUUUUGGCUUUGUCAGGUCAGAUGUUUUCCCCAGACCUCAUGCAA